GAAGCAACACUUGGUGCAACAGCAUAUAUUCAGGUGUACUGGAAUCAGACCAUCAGUCCUUCUGCUCAGACCAGACCAGACCAGAACGGAUCUUCAGAAACCAUGCUCCGCUUCAGACUCAGGGACACACUAUUGCUGGCAGCAACAUGUCUGCUCAUGACGCCAGUUGAUUCCUCAAAGAGUGUUAUCACCUGUGGUAAUGCCAAUGAUGUCCAGCGCCUCAGAUGUGAUUCUGGAGUGAUCAUGGUUAAGGCAGCACUGUAUGGACGUCAAGACGCAAGGAUCUGCAGUGCAGGCAGACCUCCGGCUCAGCUUGUCAAUACAGCAUGUGCUCAGAAAGGCACAGUGGACAUCCUCAAGAAACGGUGUGAUGGCAAGAUGACGUGUGAGUUUGACACACAUAUAGUCCGUACCUCUGAUCCCUGCGUUGGCAUCUUCAAAUAUCUACAAACCAACUACACCUGUGUCCCAGCGUUUCACACGGAUACGUGCGAGCACUCUUAUGCAACAUUGUCUUGUAGUGAGGGGCAGGUUAUAUUUGUCUAUGGUGCUGACUAUGGACGUCGUGACCGGACCACAUGCUCUCACAGGAGGCCCACCUCCCAAAUCGAAGAUGUUGAAUGCUCACAUCCCACCACAAAAGUUGCGGAAAGGUGCAAUGGGAAGAACAGCUGUGUGAUCAAAGCCAGCAACUCAGUCUUUGGGGACCCCUGUGAGGGAACUUACAAGUACCUGGAGGUGGCUUACGUAUGUGAAUUUCCUGUGAAUCCAAGAGGGGGCCAGUUUCGCAAGGUCAAGCUACAGUUGAACAAGGAAGCAACACCUGGUGCAACAGCAUAUAUUCUGGUGUGCUGGAAUCAGACCAUCAGUCCUUCUGCUCAGACCAGACCGGAUCUUCUAAAAACCAUGCCCAGCUUCAGACUCAGCAGCACACUAUUGCUGGCAGCAACAUGUCUGCUCAUGACGCCAGUUGAUUCCUCAAAGAGUGUUAUCACCUGUGAUAAUACCCGUGAUGUCCAGCGCCUCAGAUGUGAUUCUGGAGUGAUCAUGGUUAAGGCAGCACUGUAUGGACGUCAAGACGCAAGGAUCUGCAGUGCAGGCAGACCUCCGGCUCAGCUUGCCAAUACAGCAUGUGCUCAGAAAGGCACAGUGGACAUCCUCAAGAAACGGUGUGAUGGCAAGAUGACGUGUGAGUUUGACACACGUAUAGUCCGUACCUCUGAUCCCUGCUUUGGCAUCUUCAAAUAUCUACAAACCAACUACACCUGUGUCCCAGCGUUUCACACGGAUACGUGCGAGCACUCUUAUGCAACAUUGUCUUGUGGCCAGGGGCAGGUUAUAUUUGUCUAUGGUGCUGACUAUGGACGUCGUGACCGGACCACAUGCUCUCACAGGAGGCCCACCUCCCAAAUAGAAAAUGUUGAAUGCUCACACCCCACCACAAAAGUUGCUGAAACGUGCAAUGGGAAGAACAGCUGUGUGAUCAAAGCCAGCAACUCAGUCCUUGGGGACCCCUGUCAGGGUACUUACAAGUACCUGGAGGUGGCUUACGUAUGUGAAUUUCCUGUGAAUCCAUGAGGGAACAUCCUUUUUUUUCUCCUAACACACAUGCAUUAAAAGAGUGAUAUAAAUUCAGCACUAUGUAUCCUGCAUUCUUUCUAAUAGAGUCUGCAACACAGUGAAUUACAAAAUCAUAACAAUAAACUGUUUGAAAUAAAUGACACUUCAUCAGCA